AAUCUCUCUCUCUCUCUUUCUCUCUUUCUCUCUCUACCCCAUCUGUUUUUUGUCUUCUCCCAGUGCCAGAGCCAAAGCCAGAGGGACAUAAAAACAUUACUUAACCCAACAUCCAAAAAUACCAGAAACACCAUAAUCACACACCAACCUGUAUAUACACACAACAUUUAUGUAUACAAUAUACAUACACAGAAAAUUGAGUAGAGGAAGAAGAAUAGAAAUCCAUUUUCCUUGUAUGUAAAUGCAUCAGAAGUUGUCUGAACUAGAGAUCAGAAAACAAACCAGUCUCCUCUCUUCUGAUUUCAACUCAAUCCGCAAAAAACACCUCCAAAUUCAUACCCAAAACCAUUCAACAAUCCAAUCCAAACCAACCCAUCAAAAUUCCAAGCAAACCCAGUUUGAGAAUGAACCCAAUUCCAACAACCCAUCAACAAGCAAAACCCCUUUCUCAACGACACCCCACAAAAGACCUAUAAUGUUACACUCCCCAACUCUCUCCUCUCUCCACCAGCACCACCACCACAACACCACUGUGUUCAAUUCAGAACCUUCUCAACCCUCUCUUCUUUACUUUUCCUCAUUCGCUGUAGUAGCUUUAGCCACUAAAUCAAUCGCUCUGAGACUCUCUCGCUGUCUUUGCGGUUUUCGGUUUGAUGGGUUUCGUUUUCGCUUCAUCGUUCUACUUUCAUUGCCUUGUCUCUACUUCUUCGCCUCAAACCAAACCAACACUUUUAUUCUCCAUUUCCUAUCAAUUCUUGCUUUCUCAGCCACUCUUGUGAUUUCUCUCAAUCUAGCCCUCCCUAGCCUUCCUUCAAUUCGAUCCCUUAUUGCUCGAUCAUCUCCAUUUAAGUCAUCUUCAACAACCACAGCCUUAAAGCCUCGCACACCAGUUGUUUGGUCGAUUGGGUCAAAGCCAAAACCAGAAAAAAGACCGAAUUCGGGGUCUUGGGUACAAGUUUAUAGCAAUGGAGAUGUGUAUGAGGGUGAAUUUCAUAAAGGGAAGUGCUCUGGAAGUGGGGUUUAUUACUAUUACAUGAGUGGGAGGUAUGAGGGGGAUUGGAUUGAUGACAAGUAUGAUGGGUAUGGUGUGGAAACAUGGGCAAAAGGGAGUCGGUACCGGGGACAGUAUAGGCAGGGUUUAAGGAAUGGGUUUGGGGUUUAUAGGUUUUACACUGGCGAUGUCUAUGCUGGGGAGUGGUGUAAUGGUCAGUGUCAUGGGUGUGGAGUCUACACUUGUGAGGAUGGGAGCCGGUACUUUGGGGAGUUCAAAUGGGGCGUCAAACAUGGGCUCGGUCACUACCAUUUUAGAAAUGGGGACAAAUAUGCUGGAGAAUACUUUGCUGAUAAGAUGCAUGGUUUUGGGGUGUACCAUUUUGGGAAUGGACAUUGUUAUGAGGGAGCUUGGCACGAGGGAAGAAGGCAAGGGCUUGGUAUGUACACAUUCAGAAAUGGGGAUACUCAAUCAGGCCACUGGCAAAACGGGGUUCUCAAUGUGUCAAGCAUUGAAGGCACCCUUCCUGGAUCUUCCUCUGCAAUUAACCAUUCCAAAAUUCUUAAUGCAGUGCAGGAAGCACGACGAGCCUCUGAGAAAGCAGUUAAUAUGGCAAAGGUGAAUGAGAGGGUGAACAAAGCUGUGACAGCGGCUAACAAAGCAGCCAAUGCAGCAAGAGUUGCAGCUGUGAAGGCUGUGCAAAACCAAAUGUAUCACAACAAUAACAAUGAUGAUAUACGGAUACAAAAUGUUUGAUUACAGAAAGCAAGGGAGGCGAGAGAAGAUAUAAAGCAGAAGUUUUUUUCUCUUUCAUCUGCCGGAUCCUCGAAUUAAAUUCCCUUUUUUGAUAGAUGAUAUGCUAAGACAGGGACCUGCUUGUAACCAUAUUCAGUGGCCGACUGAGGGGCAAGAUGGGUUCCUCUGUUGUUCCUUCUUUUUUAGCUUCAAUAAUGUACAUAAAAGCAUGGUUUAAGGAUAGCGCACUAAGGUGCUUGAGAUCAGCAUAGGGUUUCACCUUUGUUUUGGUUCCUUAUUGUAAAUGUAACUAAAUAUAUUUGCUACAUAAAAAAAAAAAGAAAAAAAGAAAAAAAAAGUUAUAAAUA